AUGGGGAAUCAAAACAGACAAGGAUUUCAUGCAGGCGGUUUUUCAGGUUACCAGCAAGGAGGAAAUUUCAAUCAAAAUCAGGGGCAAGGAUGGAGGUCACAUCCAGAGAAUCAGUUCAAUAAAGACCAAGGAGGACCAUCCAACAGACCUCGGAAUCAGGGGCCUAGCUUGUACGAGAGGACCACUAAGCUGGAAGAGACUUUGGCUCAGUUCAUGCAAGUUUCAAUGUCCAACCAUAAGAGCACUGAGUCAGCCAUCAAGAACCUGGAGAUCCAAGUGGGACAGUUAGCUAAGCAAAUAGCUAAGAAUUCUUCUAGAGGUUUUGGAGCUAAUACAGAGAAAAAUCCCAAAGAAGAAUUUAAGGUUGUCAUAACUAGAAGCAAGAGGGAGACCAUGAUGGAGGAUGAAAGUAGGACUGGUGAGGAGAAGGAGUUAGAAGCUGAGAAAUUGGAGAUAGCUAUCCCAUUUGGAGAAGCCUUGCAACAAAUGCCACUCUACUCCAAGUUUCUCAAGGAUUUAUUGACCAAGAAAGGCAAAUAUAUCCACAGUGAUAAUAUUAUGUUGGAGGGAAAUUGUAGUGUUGUUAUUCAGAGGAUCCUUCCACCAAAAUACAAGGAUGCAGAGAGUGUCACAAUCCCUUGCUCAAUUGGUGUUGUGUCAGUUGGAAAAACCCUUAUUGACUUAGGGGCUAGCAUUAAUUUGAUGCCUCUAUCCAUGUGCAGAAGGAUUGGAGAGAUGGAAAUCAUGCCAACAAGAAUGACAUUGUAG